AUGGGGUCGAAGAAGCUGAUCGUGACCGUUGAAGGCACGGCCGCCGUCGGCGCCUUCUGGCAGACCAUCGUUUCCGAUUACCUCGACAAGAUCAUCCGAUGUUUCUGCAGAAACGAGCAGUCUGAUCAGAAGCCAUCUACUGAUAUUGUCGAGCUCUCAUUAGUCAUGUUCCAUACUCAUGGCCCUUACAGUGCUUGUCUCGUGCAGAAAAGUGGUUGGACUAGGGACAUGGAUCUGUUCUUUCAUUGGCUUUCAGCUUUACCCUUUUCUGGUGGUGGCUUUGAUGAUGCCGCAAUCGCUGAAGGGCUGGCAGAAGCUUUGAUGAUGUUCUCUUUUCCCGAGAGAGAGCAAACCCAAAAUAUGGAAGGAGAAAGACACUGCAUUCUUAUUGCCGCAAGCAACCCUUACCCUUUACGCACUUAUGUAUAUCGACGACCAUUCCAGGAUCCCAAAAAGACUGAUUUUAUUGAAACAUGGAUCGGUAAUUGUCUUUCUGAUGAAGAGGCAUUGGCUAGAUCUUUUUCUCAGUCUGCUAUUUCUCUCUCCAUUAUCUGUCCGAAGCAGCUUCCAAAACUUAGAAGAAUCUAUAAUGCGGGAAAGUGCGACCCUCGAGCUGAAGAUCUGCCUGUAGUCAGUGUCAAGAAUCCCCAUUUCCUUGUACUUAUUUCGGAGAAUUUUAUGGAGGCCCAUUCUUCUUUAGGGCCGUCUAACAAGAACCCUGCCAUGAUGGAUAUUGUGACUGCUGUUCCUCCUGUUUCUGGGACACCUCCAGCUUCUGCACCAGCAGCAGCAUCAGUAUUUGGACAGAAAACAUCGAGCACCACAGAGCCAGCACAGUCCAAGUAUGUUAAAGUGUGGGAGGGAAACUUAAACGGACAGAAACAAGGUCAGCCAGUUUUCAUUGCCGGACUGCAGGGAUACAGGAAAGCUACAGCUUCUGAGAUGCUUGCUGCAAAUUGGCCUCCAGUGAUUCAGAUAGUUCGACUCGUAUCUCAAGAUUAUGUUACCAGGCAAUUCGCGAGAAAGUCUGAUAUAAUUGUUUUUCGGGCAUUGAAUCAGCAUGCCUUUCUUUCACAGCUGCAUGAAAGAAAGCUCUGUGGCGUUAUACCGUUACCAUCCCAGAAGACUCUGCUGCUCUCGGUAUCUGGCAAAGGGCAUCGUUUGAUUGGAAUGCUUAUUCCUGAUGAUACGGUGGUAUAUAAGGCGCGGGUACCAAGCCAGCAACUACAGAUUCAACAACAGAAUGUACAACAACAAACAGCUUAUAUUCAAGGUGCCGAACGGUCUCAGCUAGGACAAGGCUCGUCACAAGGGCCCACGAAAACCAUGUCCGGAGGAUCCUUCAUGAGUUGA